CGUACCGCCCACUCCGAUUCAGGGCUCGGAAAGCUUUCAGGGGGCUAUUGUUUGAAUUGUUCCUGUUUGAUUAAGCGCAGCCGCGGUGGUGGGAUGAGAAAACGCUGGUACACCUGUCCCAACUUUAAUCGAAAGUUUAUUCCGAGGAGGGAUGGAUGCGCGUUGCAAAAUAGUGGUUUCCGCGCUGCAUGUGCAAUAGCCAGUUGUGCAAUCGCCCCAAUUUGGCUUCUCCUCUCCCUUCCACCCCUCCUGAGCCGGCCUCCCCCCCUCGCCCCCCGGUCCUGCGCCCUGCAACGAGAGACUAAUUUGGCUGCGAGUUUCUCUUGAGCAAUGGGAUCGGUCUUAAAGCAGCAAUACUCAAGUAAAGUAUCGCCUUCUGCGCUGUAAUGUGGCUGAAAGAUGGAGUUAAAUGGAAAAAUACACGGGCGAGUAAAGGUGGAGAGGAGCCCGGGAAGUUGCCGGAGCAGGAAGAAGAGGAGGAAUCCCAGGUUUUGCACGGAACCGGCCAUUGCAAAUGGUUCAAUGUGAGAAUGGGAUUCGGGUUCAUCUCCAUGAGCAACCGAGAGGGAAGCCCCUUGGAGUCUCCAGUUGAUGUCUUUGUACACCAAAGCAAGCUUUACAUGGAAGGAUUUAGAAGCCUAAAAGAAGGAGAACCAGUGGAAUUUACUUUUAAGAAAUCUUCCAAAGGCCUUGAAUCAAUACGGGUAACAGGCCCUGGUGGGAGCCCCUGUUUAGGAAGUGAAAGACGACCCAAAGGGAAGACAGUACAAAAAAGAAAACCAAAGGGAGAUAGAUGCUACAACUGUGGUGGCCUUGAUCACCACGCUAAGGAAUGCAGCCUACCUCCACAGCCAAAGAAGUGCCAUUACUGUCAGAGCAUCAUGCACAUGGUGGCUAACUGCCCCCAUAAAACUGUUUCGCAGCAGCCCACUAGUUCUCAGGGAAGACAUGAAGCUGAACCACAGCCUUCCACUUCUGCUUUCCUGAGAGAAGGGGGAGGAACGUACGGCUAUUCGUCUCCAUCGUAUUCUCAGGAGGGAAGGUCAGAGAUCUCAGAGCGUUCAGGCAGGUCGCCACAAGAAGCUUCUUCAAGUAAGUUAUCUGCAUCACCCGAAGAACCAAGCAGAAAGGGGCCUUCUGUUCAGAAAAGGAAAAAAACUUAAAGCAUUUUUCAUAACUUUCCAUUUUCUUUAUCCUCUUGGGAUGUCUACCUCAUGCAAGUACAGGGGAAAUAAUUUCAUUAUCAGUAGCUGACCUGGAAUUUUAACUACUGUUGAGGAACUGUGAAUUUUUUUUCUUUAAUAGACAAAUCACUCCACGCAAAAUACAUUUGAGCAGGGUGCAUUACGUUUUACCUUCUGUAUGUGUGUGUAUGAGUGUGCACGCGUGCGUGUGUGUCUGCAUAUCUAUGAAUAUAUAUUUUUUUCCAUCAGAACACUCUCCAGAUCCCACAAUACAUUACUGUGAAGCAAUAGACACAGUACCCAUAAAUGUUCCUGAACUCAAUCUUAGAAUCAGUUUUCAAACAUGUUCAAAAAAAAACAAAAACAAACAAACAAAAAAGAAAACCCAAGAAAUCUCACCAAACAGAAACAAAAACACCUGAAAAACCACACACAGAACUGAGAUCAAGACUGUUACUUCUCUUGUGAACCAAAGGAUACGUUCAUUUUUUAAAGCUGCCAUAUGGUACUAAAGAUACUAAGACAUCCCCCACACCAUCAAUUUGAGUUAUUUUCUUUCCCCUCUCUACAAAGCAUCACUUCCCCACGUCCUUCCCCUCCACCCCCCAUGCCUGUGAAGGGCAGUGUCACAACUAAGCAUGGCUCUCAUCGCCACCAUCCUUUGUUGGUAAGGAGUUAAUAACUCCAGAAAAGAUAAUGAGUGUGUAGUUUCUGUGCUGGUUUCUCAAAAUGUUUUGUUAAAUUAAUAUGGGUGUAACUGUAAUUUAGAUGACCAUUGUGUAGGGGAGACUCUGUAAAUUGUUAAAGAGCAAACCUUUUUGAGUGGUAUCAGGAUACCAACCUGCUUCACCCUUUGUAUUCUGUGAACAUUUAGGGAACCUUGGUGGCAGUAGUAGCAGCAGCAGCAGCAGCAGCAGCAGCAACUUCUCUUGGUCCCGAGUAGUUUGGCCCCCCUCAAUUUGAAGGGACUUCCCCCUCGUUUACUGUUGAAAUGACGUGGAGAGAAUUCCUUGGGGAUUUUUUGGUUGUGGUUGUCUGUUUUGUUUUUUAAAGAAGACAGAAUGCAAAGCUAUUAAGAUCCUGGGAUAAAAAGUUUCUUGAGAAUAAAGGUAGAUGGGUACUCGUGGUUGCUCAGCCAGCCUCUCUCCCUGAUGAUACAGCACGUGUUCAUUGAAGGACAGGUGCCUGCUGCAGACGAGCCUUAGCGAAGGCACCUGCAAGCUUGCCCUGGGCAUCAUGCUUCUUGUGAAUGGGAGACUGCUGCUGACCAGCCAUGGUCUGGUGUGUGCUGGGACCACACACUUGUGCAUUAAAGAAGAGAAAGAUUGGUGGCCUCAGAGUGAGACUCCCUGGGCUGCAGCCUUUGCUUGGGGUUAAUAGAGCUGGAGCCCAGCAAAACUUCCAGUCGCUUUCCCUUUGAAAGGUCUACAUUACCAAGUCAUACGUACGAUAACAUACUUUGACAAAUCCCAUUGCAGAUGUAAGUUAAUUAGAGAAACUUGUAUAAUCCUUAGCAUUGGCAAUAAACACAGGCUGUGAAAGCUUGAAAGAGUCAGGUAGGUUUAAGCUCAGAUAAUCAAACUGGAGAACCAAGCCUGCAUGAAAGGCUACAGUGAGCCCAAGCCCUGUCUGCGGUAACUCUCGCAGCCGACAGUCACAACAGGUAGGCAGCCGGCUCGUUGCGUGGCCCUCCCCUUCCCGCUUGUCCUCCCGGUUGAGACUUUUACUGUUGCUGCUGCUGCUGCUUCAGUAAACAGGUAGUAAUCAAAAGCCUCAGCGAAGGGCACAAUUUCCAGAGCAUUAUUUUGUGUGAAUUCCUUGCCAGUGUUUGCGAGAAUCUCGAUGGUUUAUACUGAAGUUCUCAGUAUGCGAAUGCAAAGCUUACCUUUGACGAUAUUGAAUGUGAUAUAUCUAUAGAGAAGAACUUCCUUGCCUUACGUAAGGAUAGUAAACUUAUUUAAAUUAUGUAGACAAAUCAAAGUGGCAUUGCUUAACCUUCUAGCCGGUGUGAAAACCAGGUUAAACAGCAAAGAUGCAAAACUUAGGUCACUUUGAAAAAUUUAAACCAAAGUUCCUUAUAGAAAUAGGCAAUUGCGGAUUUGAAAACUGGUCAUUCCCUGUUUAUAUGUAAGAAGUUCAGAGCUGAGAUGAGAAAAUAUUUUCAACGUGCAGAUUUUUAUUGGUGCUGUUUGAAAUCACUGCGUGCACCAAAGUCAGACUGAACUGCAAAGAGCACAUACCAAACCCUAUCUUAUUGUUGAAAGCUUAAGGUUUUAUUUUUAUAUAUUAGAAUGUUAUCACUAUUACAUAACAUACUCAGGACAAAGAACUUUGCUCAGGGAAUAUACCAUGUAAUGUUGUUUUUACUUUACAGAAUAGUCUACCGACCUGCUUACUCAGAACAAACCAAAUAGACUUAGCCCUUUUUAUCUCUAUAUAAGUAUUAUGUACUGAUAUUAGUAACUACCUCUGAGUUGACAUAGACCUACAUUUGUGAUAAUCAGAUUUCAACGUUUUGUAUUAUAAGUUCCUGUGAAAUGAAAAAGUGGUAUUCUGUACUGGUUGCUUAUGUGAGCAUACGUGUCUUCACAUUCACAGGGUCUGAGUUUUCAGAGAUGCUGGGCAACCGCAGCUCCCACUGACUUCCAGUUGGAGUGACCGGUGCUUAGCUUUUCUAGAAGGGGAGGGAUGGGGGGUGGAGGGGAAAGAGAGAAAAAAAAAAAAAAAAGAAAAAAACACAAAAGCAUCAAGCCCACUUUGUUUACAUAGGUGACAAUAAAAUUAUUAUUCUGUUUACAGCAAAAGGCUACCUCAUAUUUACUGCAUAAACACACCUUUGUGCUGCUCUGGCCUUAAAGGUGGCUGUUGAUCUAUGGUACAUGCUAUUUAUCUGUACUGAAUAUGUAACUGAUAAUUCACCACUGCAUAGGUUAUGGCAAAUACUUGUUUAAGAUGAAGCAUCCAUCUGAAAUUAUGAGAAGUUUCCAAACAUUUCUUUAGAAGUUUUUAUGUUUCUGUCUAAAGGAUUAUGGGCACUGUUCACAAAAACAAAUACAUCUCCAAAACAGACAAAAAAUAUACAUGCCUGAGUUAAACACAGCAGCGCAAGCUGUGGCAGGUAACUACUUAGCACUGAGCUGCAGUAGGAAAAAAAAAAAAAAAUGUAAUUAUACUCCUUCAAUAGGCUGCUCCAAAUAAGCAAAGAACACUUUAAAGGAGGAGAUUCAGACUUGAGUUCGGGAUUCUUCCUUCGUAUGCUACAGCACUGGCUCAGCCUUGAUUUCCCUUAUUCACCAGCCUGUCCUUGCCAGAAUGCCUCCCAAUAAAACGCGCUUGAGCAGAGGUAAUUCAAGUACUGGCUCAGAGGGAUGUGUUUUUCUCCAAGCAGUACUGGAGAUGGGCUGUAACAAGAGAGCUCUCCCUCCCAACCCCUCACUCCAAAAAACUCGAUUUGAUUUAAUCAUAAGGCACAUAGUGAGAUAUUUUAUAUUCUCCCUCAAAGGAGAGUUAAUGGCAUUUAUUUCCACACUACAAAAACUGAGCCAUGAGGAAGAUUUAUAUUUGGAGGAAGAGCCAAAUCACUUUUUUGCUGUAGCUAAUUGUAAGUCUGGCAUUAUAAUACCAUCUGCAGUAUUUUGCUUUUAGCUAGCUUUCAGGGGGUGCCAAACGACAUACUUGACUCCUACCUUUUCCCUUUGUAGGCCACCUUUUUCAGCCCAGAUUUAUUCUGCGCCAGUGUUAUCCUGAAGUUCCUGCUUAGUCAAACAUAGUUUUGUGAAUAGAGCCCCAUAAAAAGUGUUUAUAGAUCUUGUAACAUUCUUUGUAAGAAGAAUUAUAAAAGAACAUGGGAAAUCUCAUUGAGUCUUAAAUUUAAUUUAAUUAAUUUAUCUGUAAGAAAUGUUUAUCAUAAAAAAUAUAUAUGUAUUCCCCUGUGCUAGAUAUAAAAGUAAUUGGGAAGAUGUGUACAUGUGCAGAUGCACUGAUUUUAAUUUUCUAGAAGUCUUAAUGAGAUUUGAGUAUUGUUUUAGAAACAAGCAGAGCCUUGUUAAAUGCAUCAAUCUAAUUUUGCUGAGUAUAUCAACAGCCUCUUCUUUAAGAUACGUUGGUUGUGUGUUACCCCUGUUACAACCCUUGAGUAAUAACAAGAGGUUGAUCUAUGAACACACACGUCUUUUUUUAUGCUAAAACAGAGCUGUAAAUUAGCAGCUUUGGUAGUGUUUUUAUAAGAAUGUUGAAAAGUACCAAGGUAUUUGCUACCAUUGUCGUUGAACCAAAUGUAAGAGCAACCAGCUUUACAAAGGAUAAUGGUUUUGACUACCUCUUGGAUUACUAAGUUAAGCAACAACUGGCUGACAAACAUCACCAGACUGGCUUAAACUAGUAUGUGUUGCUUGUGGUAAUAAUAACAAUAACCAUACUAGAGACCAAAGUGAACACUGAUUUCUAUAUGUCUUUAAUACUGUGUCUUAUCUAGUGUUUUUAAAUUAUCUUCUGUAGUAUAGAUUACCUCAUUGUCCAUUUUGACUUGUAUGUUGUUUACAAGGUGAAAUUAAAGAAAAAUCACUUGAAUUUUAUGUUUUAAAAAAAGACAGUGAGUUGAAGUUUUGAAGGUCAUUUCACCUGUUUACUGUCUUGAGGGACUAAAGCACUGAUUGCCUUUCUACAUAUCAUGUAUUUUAUAUUCUCAUUUCAUGCCUAAUGUCUUUUUUUUCCUGUCAGUCAUGGAUAUUGUGAGGUUUAAAAGAAUUACUUGAUUAAAAAUAAAACAUAACAUUGGCAUUUACAA